AUGCGACAAUACCGGAUUAACUGGACCUGCCUAACGCCCAUCUCGCCAUGUCUCUUCCGCCCAGACAAUGCCCUCAAUCCCAAGUCAUUCUGCAUCGAAGGGGAUUCGCUCACCCAAGCGCACGUGGAUACCUGGGCUCAUAGAAUCAAGUUCAUCAACAGCUAUGGCCCGGCAGAGACUUGCUUCUGCACUGCAAGCGCGGUUGACCCACAGCGUUGGAGGCUGGGAGACGUUGGGGGCAUGUUUAGCGGGCUGGCCUGGAUUACUGUGAUUAAUGGCCCUAGCAGGCUUGCGUCAACUGGGGCUGUGGGUGAAUUGGUGGUUGAGGGGCCAGCUGUGGCGCGGGGACAUCUCAACAAUGAAAAUCAGACGCAUGCCAGCUUCAUUGACUACGGUGAUGACAGCAUCAUCCAGUUCAUUGGCCGCAGAGAUACGCAGGUCAAGCUCUGUGGCCAACGUGUUGAACUGAGUGAGGUCGAAUAUCAUAUACAUCGUGGCUUCCUUGGAUCCCAAGAGGUUAUCGCUGAAGUUAUUUUUCCUUUAAUCACACAGGCGCGGUCGAUGUUGAUUUGUUAUGUCUUCACAGGCAAGAGAGGAAAUGAAGGAGUAAAUGAAUAUAUUACUUCUCCAACAGCUAACUUCAAGCAGAGCGCGUCUCGAACGCUGUCACAACUUCGUGAAUAUUUGCCCGUUUACAUGGUCCCAACACCCCUCCUCCCCUUUGUCAAGAUCCCUUUGACUGGUGCGGGGAAGAUCAAUCGAAAAGAGCUCUGGCAAGUAGCCUCUGACUUGACACUCGCGGAGAUAGAAUUCUACAGCAGAUCCGCGGAUGCAAUUCAUGUAUCAAAGCGCGAGCCGAAAUCGCCUGUGGAGAUCAAACUGCACUUUAUCUGUGCUCAAGUGCUCAACCUCGAUCCCGACUCCAUUGGAAUUGACGACAACUUUUUCCAUCUCGGUGGAGACUCGAUCAGCGCCAUGCAAGUCGCAGCCAAGGCGAAAGCUGCCGGUCUAUCUUCUACCGCCAGAACUAUCCAGCAGUAUAAGACAAUAUCUGCAAUGGCUAUGCUACGCGCUCGCUUUCGGCAAGAAGAAAACGGGAACUUGGUGCAGCAAGUCCACGAUGACAUUAACGGUUCAUUUAUAUUCCGUCCUCACUCCGUAGACGAUGUUGCGGGUGCAGCACAGUCAGGGCAACAAUUCUUGUUCUUGGUUGCCCACGAAGCCCAUGCCAAGAUUUGCUCCAAUGGCUGGGGCUAUUUUACCUUUCGGUUCACGAAUCCCGAAGGAUGCGAGAAAUUUGGCACCACCGAAGUCCCUGAGAUUGCCCUGAACUAUUCUGGUCUUUAUCAGCAGUUGGAAGUAGAUAUUGCACUUCUUCAAUACACAGGUGAAUUAGACGAAACUGACUCGGAUAUCAUCAAAUCGGCAAAGCGUUUUGGGCUCAUUGAAAUUUCAGUGGGUAUGCACCAGGGUUGUCUACAGUUUGAUGUUGCGUAUAACCGACAUAUGAAGAAACAGAAGGAGAUCAUAAGUUGGAUUGACCUAUGUGAGGAUUUUCUGGUCGAUAUGGCCAAAUAA